UUUGUUUUAGCAUGUCAAAAUUAUAGCAAUUAUUUACAUUAAAAUUGUAUGCUGUAAUCACAGACCAUGACAAGGACUUUAUUAAAUUCGUAUAACUUUAUUUUGUGUAAUUUGUGAUUAGACAAAAAGUUCUAGCAUGCCUGAAAUACCAGAAUGCUUGAAUCGCCGCUAUCUAGCUCUCGAUGAACUGAUCAAGGAUUUGACUUCGACAAUGUCUAAUCGAAGCUCCAAUGCCGAUUGUCCAUGUGAGUCGACCACUGAUGUUGGCAUUAAAUUGAUGUGCGAUUUCUGGAACAUUCUCAAGGAAGAUCCUAACUGUGACUUAACGCAAGCAGUUCAACAACGUAUGGGAUUAAAUGCUAAAAGUAACAAUCUCUAUGGACAUUGGAACGCCACAUGCUACAUGGCAGGGCCGGGAAGCAGUGACGAUGAUGAUGACAAGAAAAGAUGCGCCUUCAAUAAAAUAAAAAAUUUACGCUGCCGUAGUCCCGAACCGGAAUCUAAACCCAAAUGCUGUACAUCCAAAUUAGUUUCUUCAAGCGUUGGUAGUAAUGUACUACCACUCAGUAAGGUUCUAUGCAACUUGAAAGAGGCUGCAUCAUUCGACAAGAAAUGCAAUGUCCGACUGAACAAGCUAAUGGAAACGGGAAAGCAGUUACAGGAUCAGAUACAGAAUUUAGAACAUAGAGAAAAUGAAGGUAUACAAUUGAUUAAGCAAGCCGAUUGCAUGUGGUCGUGCAUGGAAAAUGUGUAUAAGAAGAAAAUAACGGAGUCUUUAGAAAGGCAGAAGGUUCUUUUAAAACAGCUGAAAGAAGUGGAAGCAAGCACAACUAAAUGGCGCAAGAAUAAGAAAGAUUUAGAGUUUCAAAUAAGUAAUAUAAACAAAUGUCAGCAAGAGAUCACAGAAAAGAUAAACCAGAAAAGUAACGAUCUUAAGUUUAUAGAUAUGGAAAUAACAGAAUUUAAUAAACGAAUAGAAAAUAAUAAGAAAGAAAUAGAAACUGCUAAAAAGUCUUUAACAAAUAAAAAACAGGCUUCUGAUCUAAAAAUUGCUACAAUAACUGCAAAUAUUACUGAACUCCAGAAAAAAUUAAGCGAUGAGCAGAAACAUAAAUAUGAAAAAGAACAGGAAGGUAACAAAUAUAUAAAGGAAGCUAGAGAAGAUCUACAGACGAUAUGUAGGGUCUUAUUACAGAAAAAACUUGAAAAUGAAGAUAAAAAAGCAGAGCGUGAAGCAAUAUUGUUGGAACUUGAUAUGUUAAAGCAAACAUGCGACGUAUGUAGGGAAAAGUGUCAGAAUAAACACAUUUUUAUUAAUGAAGAAAUCAAGAAUAUUGAUAAAGAAAUAGCAGAAUUUAAAGUGAAAUGCAUAAGAUGUCAUGAAUGUACCGAUACUGCAGAUGUCAGAAAAUUUUGCACUGAUUGUCCACGAUGUCUAGAAGAACGCGAUUGUUUAUAUGCUGAUGGACAUUGCGAUCUUAAUCAUUCGAUGGAUUGCGUGUGCAUGAGUAUUAAACAGAAAUUUCUUGACAAUAUUUUUGAUAACAUGUAUACUGUGUUGGAAAAACAAGCUCAAACGGAUCCAGGUAAAGCGGUAGCUGAUACAGUUCUGCGUUGCUUAAAAAGAAGCAGAAAUGGAAAAUUGAACGAUGAGACGAAGAAAAUUCUUCAAGACUUUAUAUUAACAACUGUAAAAAAGAAUUUAAAUUUGACUAUUGUUGGUGGUGCAGUGAAGACUAGGUGUGAGAUGGAUCCUGAAACUUAUAAGAAAUUAAUGCUUUGUCUCAAACAAGUAAAAGUAACGCAACCGCCUAAAGUCGACGCAGAGACUGCUGCUAAGAAGGAUCCGUGUCGCCGUUGGGGUGGUACGAGUGAAUGUAACUGCCCAAAGGGACCUGAUGCUUGUAUAUGUACUAAGAAUGCUCCACCUCCUUCUGAUGACCCUACUCCUUGUUCUCCACAAGAUAAAGAAGAUAUUAGCGAAGUGGUGGCUUGUCCACAUAAAGAUGGUGCUUCUUGUGUUGCUGAUUGUGCUUCACACGCACAUCCAAGUUGCGUAGAUACAGAUGUAGCAGCUUGGAGACCAAACCCUUGUCAAGAACAAACUUGCACCUUCUCAAAGAAUAUGCAAGCGGCGCAAUGUUUCCUUGGUCCAGAUUCAUCAUCUUCAUUGUCAAAACUCAAGGAUCCUAAUUUACCUGAUAUUUCAAUGUUAUCUGAUAAGAUUAUGUGUAAUUGCGAAAAUGAUUCUAAAAAGUUGUGCACACGUCAUGAAGAUUCAAAACAUAUGAAAGCAAUACAAGUAGAAAAACAAUAUAAUCCAGGUUUAGAAAAUGUCAUAUUAAAGAUUAAAGCAGAAAACAAUUAUUCCAAAUACAUCGAAGGAAGAUUGUUAAAGACAAUAUCAGGAAAUAUAGCAAUAAGUUUUAAUACUAUAUCUAUACUUAAUACUAAAUUCAAUAAAACAAAGGAAUUUCCCGUUUUAUUACACAAGUCAGAUUCAGACACUCUUUUAAUAGAUAUUGACCAAGAACUUAUUAAUGAAACAACUAAUGCAAUUUUACGAAAAACUUCUAACGAAAAGAUGUUAGUGGUUAUUGCAGACACAAUGUUCAAUAUUGAUAAAGAUAAAAUAAAUUUCGAACAGAACGCAAAAUUUUAUAAAAUGAGAAUAAAAGGGAUUAAUAAUGAAGUUGAACCUCCUGUGGUAUUAAAAUUAACACCAUCUGAUAAUUAUAUAACUGUUAUAGAUAAAGAAUUUGAAAAGAAAUAUAGACAUACAAUAGGUAUUUCAAUAGAUGAAAAUUACAAGUGCACUUUAGUUAGAAGCAAUUCUGGUAAUUAUGAAAUAGCAUUUGAAGAUUGUUCAAUUUCACAAGAGAGCUCAAAUGCUUUUAUAGUAAAAUCUCCUUCAGGAAAUAUAAAAAUUUUGGUCAACGGACCUGAUUUCGAAGCUAUUACAAAAAGAACGUCAGAGUUAAGCCCGGACGCAGUAGAUUGUAAAUCAUUUGAUGAAAUACUAAGGAAAUUAUUAGAUAAGUUGCCUUCAUCAAGUCUACAACUCAAUAAAGAAAAAGUAAAAAAGUCUAAGUUUCUUGGUAUAACAAGUAGCAGUAACUCGUGUUUGUACGAAAAAGUUAAAUUUAGACUUGAAAAUAACCAAAGUUUACUUACAGAAUCAUCUGCUUUAUUAAAAAGAAUUAUGUCUGGACAAUAUGCUGUUGUAUUAAACAAAGAAUCGAAAAAAAAAUUAAUUAACAAUAUAAAAAGUUAUUUAGUUGGUAGCUCGCAAAACAUGAUCCCUAUUAAACGUACAGAGUCUAGUGAUAUUACAAUAAUAUUAAAUAAUGACGAUAAAGUAAGUGAUCAGUAUGGAUCGUUGAAGAUUACGUCAUCAGGAAAUAUUUACGUUUUAGUAAAUGAAGAAGUUGUAAAGGAUAUAAAAAAAUAUGAUAUGGAAAGUAAAUAUAAGGACGAUUCUCAAUACAUUAUUGGAAGUAUAAAGAAUUCAGUUGAUAAAGCCGUAGCUACAACAUGUAAUUCUAAACCAGAUGAUAAUUUCUGCGUUAUAUCUAAAUGUAUUUGUAAAGAUUUACAAUUUUCAGAUUCAUUCGAAAGUUCAGAAAUAGAUAAAGACACAAUGCUUUUUAGACCGGAAUUAUGUGGAACAGAUUGGAGAAAAGUUAAAAAAAGUCCCAAAGGAAGACAUAAGAUUUGUGAUCCUGGUAAGUGCAAAGAAAAAUGUUCUACAAAUAACAAAAAGCGAAUAGAAAUCAACGAAAAAUCACCACAUAUUGUUAUUAAACCUUGUGAAUCUCGUUUGGUAUCAAAACAAUAUACUCAACGUUGCAAAAGUAAAAAGUGUUUCUAUUUUACAGACUCUAUUUGUUCAUACCAUAAGGACAGGUAUAUUAACGUUUCCAAUGAGUUAUUGGAAAUUUCAGGAUUAUGUAAUAAAGGGCAAAAAAGUAACAGUAAAUUGUCAAAAGACAUUGUAAAUUCGUCGCAUAUCGAAAAAUCACCAGGAAAAGUGGAGUCUUUUAAUUCAAAUCAAUUUGCUUAUUUAGAUAAUUUACCGCCGCAACUACCGUCUUUUCUUAAGGGUUAUCAUUAUAAUAUCUAAGUAUUUAUAAAUAAUCAUUGCAUAGUUGAUUCUAAUUUCCUUUAUCACAUGUGUUGCAUGAACACUAAAUUUGUUAUGUAUUUUAGAAGUCUAGAUGAGACGUAGAUAUUUUAGUGCAAUAUUUUUUAAGUAAUUUGUGACAAUAUUAAGCUGUUGAUUGUUGAAAUUGU